CGCGCUCCGUCCCCCGGCUUGGAUGGGAGUUUGCAUUUCCGAAGGAGGCAGAGCCCGCGGAGCGCGCCGAAGGGCUGGAGCCCCGAGUGAGUCCUCGCCAGCGCGGGCCGGCCGCUGUCACUCGCGCAGGCUGGCCGGGGGAAGGGACCCGCUCGCCGGGCUUUGUUGUGGAAAUCCCGGUUACCUGGCUUAGAACCUACACCAUGGAUAACUUAUUGGACUUUGCCUGAAAGGAGUCAUUAGUGCCACUGGAUAUUUGACCAUCCUGGCCACACGUUUUACAGAAUGAAUGGAAGGCCAUGCAGCAUGAGUCUCCACCGGACAUCGGGAACCCCACAGGGGCCUGGGAUGGUCGGUGGCCAACACAUCCCCCCCAUCCGAGCCCACUCGGGGACUCCUGGCCCCUCGUCCUGUGGAAGCACACCAAGUCCCGCUAUUGGAAGCCUUGUUAACAGUCUCCAUCUCAAGAUGCCCUCGGGAGGAGGGAUAGCUCCUCAGAACAGCAUGGCUGAGAGCCCCAUUCAUCUGCCUGCCUUGAGCCCCAGGAGACAAGUGCUCACCAAUGGGAAGCCACGAUUCCAGGUCACCCAGGCUGGCAGCAUGUCAGGGUCACACUCUUUAAAGCCAAAGCAGCAGGAGUUUGGAAGCCCUUUUCCUCUAAAUCCUGGGAAAGGGGCUCUUGGCUUUGGGCCUCAGUGCAAGUCCAUUGGAAAAGGCAGCUGCAACAAUCUAGUGGUCACCAGCAGUCCCAUGAUGGUUCAGCGACUGGGACCCAUUUCACCUCCAGCAAGCCAGGUCUCUACAGCAUGCAACCAGAUCAGUCCUAGCUUACAGAGGGCAAUGAAUGCAGCCAACCUGAAUAUACCUCCUUCAGAUACCAGGUCCCUUAUUUCACGUGAGUCUUUGGCGUCCACGACUUUGAGUCUGACGGAAGGUCAGUCGGCCUUGAGCGUGAAACAAGAGUGGUCUCACGGCCACAGGGCUGUCCCUUCACUCUCCUCCAGCCACGGCUCUCAGAAUGGCAUUGACCUAGGGGACCUCCUUAGCCUGCCUCCUGGGACAUCCAUGUCCAGCAAUAGUGUCUCUAACCCAUUGCCAUCCUACCUUUUUGGCAUGGAAAAUAGCCACUCUCCUUACCCUAGUCCCCGGCACUCAUCCACCAGGUCCCAUUCGGCCCGCUCCAAGAAGAGAGCACUGUCCUUGUCCCCGCUGUCCGAUGGCAUCGGGAUAGACUUCAAUACCAUCAUUCGCACCUCGCCCACGUCCUUGGUCGCCUACAUCAACGGCUCGAGGGCUUCCCCGGCCAACAUGUCCCCGCAGCCGGAGGUCUAUGGGCAUUUCCUGGGGGUGCGCGGCAGCUGCAUUCCCCAGCCGUGCCCAGUGCCCGGUGGCCAGAAGGGCGUGCUGGUGGCCAGCGGCGGCCUGGCACUGCCGGCCUACGGCGAGGACGGCGCACUGGAGCACGAGCGCAUGCAGCAGCUGGAGCACGGCGGCCUGCAGCCCGGCCUGGUCAACCACACGGUGGUGCAGCACGGCCUGCCCGGCCCCGACAUGCUCAAGACCGAGCGCCUGGAGGAGUUCCCCGGCGCCAGCGCCCUGGACCUGGCCCCUGCGCCCCCGCUCCCGCCGCUGCCACCGCCCCAAGGCCCCCCGCCCCCCUACCACGCCCACCCGCACCUGCACCACCCGGAGCUCACGCCCCACGCCCAGCCGCUGGCCCUGGCCCAGGCCACCGUGGAAGACGACGGGGACGUGGACGACGUCGGGGGCAAGCACUGCUGUCGCUGGAUAGACUGCAGCGCCUUGUAUGACCAGCAGGAGGAACUCGUGCGGCACAUCGAGAAGGUCCACAUAGACCAGCGCAAAGGGGAAGACUUCACCUGCUUCUGGGCCGGCUGCCCUCGAAGGUACAAGCCCUUCAACGCCCGCUAUAAACUGCUGAUCCACAUGAGGGUCCACUCCGGGGAGAAGCCCAACAAGUGCACGUUUGAAGGCUGCAAAAAGGCCUUUUCAAGGCUUGAAAAUCUCAAGAUUCACUUGCGGAGCCACACAGGCGAGAAGCCCUAUUUGUGCCAGCAUCCGGGCUGUCAGAAGGCGUUCAGUAACUCCAGCGACCGCGCCAAACACCAGAGGACGCAUCUGGACACUAAACCUUAUGCUUGUCAAAUUCCAGGAUGUACCAAACGCUACACAGACCCAAGUUCCCUAAGAAAGCAUGUGAAAGCACAUUCUUCCAAAGAUCAACAAGCGAGGAAAAAGUUGCGGUCCAGCACCGAGCUCCAUCCAGACCUGCUCACAGAUUGCCUCACCGUGCAGCCCCUGCAGCCGGCCACUUCCCCGAGAGACGCUACUGCUGAUGGGACUGUGGGAUGCUCCCCCGGGCCUGGGCCUGACCUUUAUGCAGCUUCCAUUUUCUCCAGCAAUCACUCAAGCCGAAGUGGAACAGCUGCUGGGGCCGUGCCACCCCCACAUCCUGCCAGUCACCCUUCUCCGGGACAUAAUGUACAGGGGAGCCCCCACAACCCCUCCUCCCAGUUACCUCCGCUCACAGCUGUGGAUGCGGGCGCCGAGAGGUUUGCUCCUUCUGCUGCAUCUCCCCACCACAUCAGCCCCCGGAGAGUUGCAGCUCCUCCUUCAAUACUGCAGAGAACUCAGCCUUCCCAGACCCAGCAGCCAUCAGGUUCGCACCUGAAGUCCUAUCAGCCAGAAACAAACUCUUCUUUUCAACCAAAUGGCAUCCACGUCCAUGGAUUUUAUGGGCAGCUGCAGACAUUCUGCCCCCCGCAUUACCCUGACUCCCAGAGAACUGUGCCACCUGGCAGCUCCUGCAAUGUGGUGCCUUCCUUUGAGGACUGCCUGGUCCCCACAUCCAUGGGCCAGGCUGGUUUUGACGUUUUCCACAGAGCGUUCUCGGCUCACUCGGGCAUUACAGUGUAUGAUUUGCCUUCAGCUUCCUCAAGCCUCUUUGGGGAGUCUCUUCGCAGCGGGCCUGAAGACACCACAUUCUUGCAGAUCAGUGCUGUGGAACGCUGUCCUAGCCAGCUGUCCUCUGUCUAUACUGAAGGCUAAAAGUUCCCUGGCUUCUCCUGUGCAUCUAGAACCUUUCUGUUGCUUGCCAUCUUUCGUUUUCAUGCUCUUACAGACUGCAUGAAAAAGGAUGUCAACCGAAUCAGCGGAACCUGCAGAGUCACUGACAUGUCCUUGGAAGUCAGGACUGGAUGAUCAGAACAAGCUUUGCAGGAAAGUUUGCAGUUGCUCCUUUUUCUCUCUGGGUUUGCUGGACCGGGUGACUAGCAGGACUGUCUUUUCAAAGGGAAUUUAGAGUCUCACUCUACUGGAUACCUGUUACUUCCUGACUGUCACUCCUCAAAGGACACCAAUGAAAUAAUGUGCAUGUGAAAAUGUAGUUUGGGGAUGACCCUUGGUGAAAACUCUGAAUAGGGAAGGACAACCCAAUUGCCAGAGGCACAGUGAGCUGCAGCAGCCAGUGCCCUCCCUCACUGCUGGCUGACGCAAGGCCAGCCGUGAGAAGGGAAAUCUGCGUCCAAAGCACAGUGCCGCUCAGCUCUCGGAAGCUCCCUGGGUUCCCCUUUCCUCUUGCAUAUAUCCCCAUGCUAACCAAUCGCUUCUUGAUGUUUCUCCAACAGCAACAUAAGGUUUUGUAUUCCAGCAACCUAUCUUUGUUUUUGCGUUUUAAAGACUUGUUAUUUACAUCUACUUUCAAAGAAACAAUAUGUAGGGUCUGUUCUUUCAAUGGAAAUCGUUAUUUUAAUCACCUCAGCUACUUACACAUUGCUACAACUGUAGCUCAGCCUGGCCCCACCUUUGGGAUGUUUGUUUUGCAGUUAGCAAAGGCCACCUUGUGGGAAAUGGGAUAGACACACCCUGUACCCCCAGUGCUGCAAUUGGAUCCCUCAUGGGUUGACUGCGACCCCACAUCGAAGACCUUGUUUAAAGGAAAAGGUCAUCUGACUGGUUUGCCCAUUGCCUCCAUUCUGGUGCCCUGCCCAGAGAGUGCCGGAAGAUGUGAGCACAGGGACACACUGGGUCGUGUGCCUGGGUUCUCUCAGAAAACCAAACUAGGGAUGCCCGGCGUCCGCUCACUUUGCACAGCCUCUGCUCACCUCCUUCAGAAUAUCCACUCAUCUGUCUGUCUGUUUCUCCCCUACACUCCUACACUCCCUUUUUUUGCACCCUUCUCUCCUUCUUGAUGGCGGUUCAGAUGUGCUCGUCACCCACCAUUGCCUGACCAUUGACUCUUGGGAAGGUAGAGGGGACAGUUCAUGCAGGGUGGGCAGAAGAACGCAACCCUUUAACUGAAACUCUGGUUUUACUGAACUCUGGAGUUUUCACAGAGCACUUGGCCAUUUCAUAUCAAGCCUAAAGGUGUCAUUGUCUGUGACACCUUUACAAAGCUAUUAAAAUGAUCCCAAGUGCAGGGCAUAGGCUAUGAAAAUUGGCUGAAUCCCAAAGACCUGAUAAAUUCUGACAUUCUGGUACUAUUGCAAUUCAAGAUCUCUUUUAAAAAAUGUUUUGUGAACGAAAGUGAAACAAUGCUGUUUGUCAAAAUGAGAUAAUUACAGUCUUCAACAAGACAGUUAAACAGCUUGGUGUCAGACUUGGUAUCUGUGGCAAUUUGCAUCCUGACAGAUGGGUCCUUCCAGUCUGGCUCCACAAUCAGUCGUGUUCUACCUGAUUCUGGAGUUCAUUCCAACAUGCAGAGAACUAGGUGAAUAUCAAACCAAGUGUGGGUUUCAUUUUUACAGUGCUCUUGGUCAACCUAGUUUCUGUGACGAGUGGGCUGUGUUCUAAGAAAAGCUACCAUGCAGACGUCCAAGUCUACGAAAGAGAUGAGUUACCCACUUUACAAAAAUCUGCUCUGCUUUACAAAAGGAUGCACAUCAGAGUCCCUUUCCAAGUGAGCUCUCAGGCUGCAUGUAAAAUACCACUCUUCCUGCAGACUUUGUGGGUCAUGCCAGUUGGCCUAAGCAAGGACACAUGCAUGCCAACAGUGGCUUAGUUAGUAGCAUCCCUCAUGUGUCCUCUGUCAUACUCUAGAAAGAAAGGAAAACUCUGAUAUCUUUAGAGAGUUCAUCUAUCCAUUCUUAAAUACCGAAGCUUUUACAAGGAACUCAAAAUAUAUUUCAUUUGUGUGGACAGGAGAAAAAAGAUGAAAAGGCAAGGUUGUUAUUUCAGGUGACACUGUCAGCCUUGCCUUGUGGCUUUAUAUAAUUUGAAGUAGAAAGGGGGAAGGAAGACGAAGCAAGAAGCUCAACCUCAGAAACCACACGUCGUCUCUCCCUUUGGCUGAGAGGAGAUGCUUGGGAGCAAGCUCUGAUCUUCCCGUGGCCUCUCACGUGACCCCGCCCCUCUCUUGUCUCACCUGGGCUGGAGGGAUCCAGGUAGCAGCAGCAGCACCUGCAGCAGCUCCUUCCUCAGCAGGAAUGGAGCAGGCAGGAAGCAGGGCCCAGUGCAGCCCUGCCCGUGCCUUGCGGUGUUUCCUGAUGGCUGCAGGUCUGAGAUCAGAGCCUCAGGAUGUGAUGCAUUCAGGUUCCUUCCAGACUCCACGCACUGUCCAUAGAUUCCAGAAUCUCUCCUGACCUUAAAAUGUGUCCCUUGCUUACUUUGGCAUUGCAGAAGAUAUAUAUAUAUAUAAACAUAUAUAUAUAUAUGCUUUCAUCGUUGUUUUUGUAGCAGUAACAGUGGAAACUUCAAACAAGCACUCCCUUUUAUUUCCUGGCCUUUUUAGUCUUGAUAUAUAACCAUUUUCAUAAACAUCUGAACAGAAAUUGUCAUUUCCCUUUUGAAAAAAAAUGGGUGCUUGUGAAAACAUACACAGCCCAAAGCCAAUUAUCCUAUUACAUUAAAAAAAAGAAUCGUAUGCCUAGAAACAUUUCAUUUGCUGCAUUGUCUUAAUUCCCUAAAGGGACUGCAUCAAAAUGUCAGUUGUAAUUUAGCCUCCGAUCAGCUGUUAAAUAUUAUUUAAAUAUUUACUGGUCCUGUGGGGUAUCUCCCUUUACUUGUGUCUCCCUCCAAUUACGUAGGUGAUUCUAAAGUGGAAAAAAGGUCUUUGGUAGAUCACAGCAUAGUUUCCAUUGAUAACAGAAUGCUGGUUUUUUCAGUUGUCUGUAAAUUACCAGCUGUCAAGCACACUACUACAUUAAUACCUGUUUUGAACAGGGAUAUACUUUAUGUUCAACUCCCCCAUCUGAACACCUCGACUUUCCAGUUGUCUUGAAAUAUUGGGACUAGUGACUGUAAAUGUUCAGUUUAAUUAUUUAGUAUUUUAUUUGACUGUUUUGACCAUGUCAUUUUAUAGCAGCAUUUUUUAAUGGCACUUUUUGUUGGUGGUGUGGAAUUUCUGCGGUUACAUUUUUUUUUUUUUUUGCAAUGGAUAAAGCAAAAAAAAAAAGCAAAAACACUCAUUGGAGAAAUGGUGAGUGUAAAAAAGAAGAGAUUUAUUUUGUACAGACAGCAAAGUAUCCUGUGUAAUGUUGCUGACAUAAAGCACUUUGGGGGGGAAAAGUGGAAAUCUGUUUUCCAUAAAUCACACAGACUCUUGUACAUAGAUAUAUACGCUCACGUAGAGAAAUGAACUGCAUAUAUCAUACUGGAUAUGGGGCCGAUUUUACUCUAGAGGCACAUCUGGUGCUUAUUGUCAUAAAUCUUUUAAAGAAUUAGGUACACUUUUUUUUUCUAUUAAUAUGUAUAGUUUUGUGAUUUGUCACAGUUAUGUUUCAUAUAAUCAUAAGUUAUUUUGUCUUGUUUCAUGAAGUCCUUUUUUUAUGUUAAAAGUAGAAAGAAGGGAUUGUGCACUUGGUACAGAAUAAAACUGGAAAUAGAGGAUACACCCUCCUGCCUGAAAUCUCCUUCAGCAUGUCGCUUUAAAACACAAUGGCAACAACUGUUGUUUGUUUGUUUGUUGUAUUAUGUUGUUUUGUUUUACCA